AUGAAACUUUUGGUAAUGAUUAAAAUAUAAGUUAGAUGUAGAACUAAUCAUUAAAAAUGAGUAGAAAUCAAUUAUGUAAAUAAUUGAUCAUUUUCUAAUAAAUGAAAUAUCAUAUUGCCUUGUUUAUUUUUGUCAAUUUAGAAUUAUAUCAAAAAUUAGAUCAAAUAAAAAGUAUCUUUAGUAUAGAUUAAUAAAUAGAAGAAUGCAUUCUACAAUUAUCAAGGCUUCUAUCGGCUUUUAGCAAUCUUUUAUUAAUAUAUAGAAGGAAAAUGUGAUUCUAGAGAAAAUUUAUUGAUUAAAGGGACUAGUGAGACAUAUAUUGAAUUUUAUAAAAAAUAAAUAAGAAUAUUAUAAGAUAUAUAAUUGCAAUGAUGCAUUUUUUUUUAAAUUUAUACAUCAAUAUGUUACUGAAUUGAUCGAAAUUAAAAAAAAAAAAAAUUAGAAGAAAAUCUAACAAAAAAAAUUAUUAAGAGAUAAUUUUGAUGAAAUUAAAAGGAAGAUUGUUAUAAUAAAUCAGUUUAUUAAUUUCAUAAUAGAUUUAAGGGAGCUUAACUUAUUGCAAUUGAAUUGUUAUUAGAUUAAUAAAUUAUUCAUAAAAAUAUUGUUAAUAUUACAGAAAUCUAAUUUUCAUAAACUUUGA